AUAAAUUAAUUUCACGUUGGCCUUAAAAAAAAAACGUAGGGAUUGCACAACGUCUGCGCUUUGUACGUACGUUGUAAAACGUUUAUAAAAUUACAAAAAAAUAUCCCAAAAAAAUAGAAAAACCGUUAAAAAAAUAACAAAAAAAUCGUAAAAUAAUAAUUAUUAAAACAAAAACAAAGUUGUCGUUGUGUUAAGAUUUGUGAUUUGUGUGUCUGUGUAUUAUUUUUCGCGUUCGUCUUGUUGUGCCGUAGAGUUAUAUACCUCCAUCAUUCGUCGUGUGCAACGUGGUAAUCUGUAGAGUAAUCUUACACAUUAAUUUCUAAUCAUUUAUAUUAUCCCUGUCGAGACCCACACCUAAGGCACCGUACAAAAAUCAAAAUGAAUUCUGGACCAGGAGGACCUAAUUACCCAAUGGCUUCGUUAUACGUUGGUGACUUGCAUCCGGAUGUCACCGAAUCCAUGCUGUUUGAGAAGUUCUCCACCGCCGGACCUGUGUUAUCUAUACGAGUUUGCAGAGAUAUGAUAACACGUAGGUCGUUAGGCUACGCUUAUGUCAACUUCCAACAACCAGCCGAUGCUGAACGAGCUUUAGAUACGAUGAAUUUCGAUACAUUGAAACAAAAACCAAUCAGAAUCAUGUGGUCUCAACGAGAUCCAUCGCUGAGGAAAUCCGGCGUCGGAAACGUGUUCAUUAAAAAUCUAGAUAAGAGUAUCGAUAACAAAGCUAUGUACGACACGUUCUCAGCUUUUGGAAAUAUUUUAAGCUGCAAAGUAGCUCAAGACGAGCACGGGAAUUCCAAAGGUUACGGUUUCGUUCACUUUGAAACCGAAGAAGCUGCGAAUAAAGCUAUCGAAAAAGUCAACGGAAUGUUGCUAAAUGAGAAAAAAGUAUUCGUUGGCAGGUUCGCAUCGCGUAAAGAACGAGAGAAAGAAUUGGGCGAAAAAGCCAAAUUAUUUACCAACGUGUACGUGAAAAAUUUACCAGAAGAUGUCACCGAAGAUAAAUUAUACGAGAUGUUCGAGCCUUAUGGUCAAAUUACAAGUCACAGAGUGAUGUUCAAAGACGACGGAAAAUCGAGAGGUUUCGGCUUCGUAGCUUUCGAAGACCCGGAAGCAGCUGAAAAAGCUGUAGAAGAACUCGCUGGCAAAGAAAUCAACGAAGGAAAGCCUUUAUACGUCGGCAGAGCUCAAAAGAAAGCCGAAAGGCAACAAGAACUGCGAAGAAAAUUCGAGCAAUUGAAAAUGGAACGAUUGAAUCGUUACCAAGGCGUCAAUCUGUACGUGAAAAACUUGGACGACAGCAUCGACGACGAACGACUAAGAAAGGAAUUCACGCCGUUCGGAACCAUUACAAGUGCCAAGGUCAUGCUGGAAGAAGGCCGCAGCAAAGGUUUCGGUUUCGUUUGCUUCUCGAAUCCGGAAGAAGCGACCAAAGCGGUGACCGAGAUGAACGGUCGCAUCGUCGGCAUCAAACCGCUAUACGUUGCAUUGGCUCAACGUAAGGAGGAUCGCAAGGCCCAUCUUACCUCGCAGCACAUGCAGCGUAUAGCCAACAUGCGUAUGCAACAAAUGGGUCAGAUCUUCCCGACCGCCAACGCCGGAGGAUACUUUUUGCCCACGUUGCAACCGCAGCCGCAACGGUUCUUCGGUCCGACACAAAUGGCGCAGAUUAGACCGCAGCCGAGAUGGCCGGCGCAAGCUCAAGUCAGACCUUCGGCUCAGGCUCCAGGUUACACGAGUAUGCAAGCAGCCCAAUUCAGAACCCAGCCCAGAGUACCGACCACCGUCUCUUCGCAAAACCUUCGCAAUACGGUCAGCGCUCGUACUCUCAACGCUCAACCGGUACCGGGAGCUCGUAUACCGCAAAUGGCCCAAGCUGUAUUGGCUGUGUCUUCGGCCAACACAGCCAACGCUUCCAACAGACAGCAACCCUUCAAGUACACGUCUUCGGUGCGCAAUCCACCCCAGACCGUGUCCGCUGCCCAGCAGCAGCAAAACGUUCAGCAACCAGCUGUCCACGUCCAAGGACAAGAGCCUCUUACCGCCACCAUGCUGGCAGCUGCCGAUAUCGGCGAACAGAAGCAAAUGCUGGGCGAACGUUUGUUCCCACUUAUCCAAAGCAUGUACAGCGAUCUUGCUGGCAAGAUUACUGGUAUGUUGUUAGAAAUCGACAACUCCGAUUUGCUGCACAUGUUGGAACAUCACGAGAGCUUGAAAGCCAAGGUCGAAGAAGCCGUAGCUGUAUUACAAGCUCACCAAGCCAAACAGGCUUCUCAAAUAAAAAGCACUCAAAUCACCGCCGGAGAAUAAAUAAUUCUACGGUUGAAGUCGUCGCCGAAUGUUCUAAAAUAAUCAGAUACCGUAUUUUGAACCGUUUUUGUUUACUAUUCAUAGUUCAGUAUUGAAAGUAAUAAUACCUAUUAAAACAUGUAUUAAUUAUUAGGCCGUUAUUAAUAUAACAACACGUUUGUCUCUGUUCGAUAUUUAUUAAUUUUUUUUUCCUUUCUCAGUUUAUAAUUAUGUAUUGUCAGGUUACUUUACACUUUGUUUUUUUUUCUCUUCUCAAUUUUUGUUCCGAAAUGUUGAUAAUUUUUUGUAUGAGUCCCAAUUUUUUGAAAUACAUGUAAUGUCGUUCUUUACAAAAA